ACUCGUCUUCCUAAUUCAUAAAAGCGAUAAAUUCGAAUAGUUGUUAAUCAUAUUAAAAAGUACAAAAUGGAAGACGUGGUUGAAGGUCUGAAAUCAGUUCGUGACAAAAUCAUCGCUGCAUCUGCUAAACGAGAACCGGAAUAUACCUAUUUUGAACCUCGUUUAGUAGCUGUAAGCAAAUUAAAGCCUCCAGAGUUGAUUGUUGCUGCUUAUGAGGCUGGUCAAAGACAUUUUGGAGAGAAUUAUGUUAAUGAAUUGAAAGAAAAAGCAUAUGAUACAUCUAUCAUUGACAAAUGCAAAGAUAUUCGAUGGCAUUUUAUUGGACAUUUACAAAAAAAUAAAGUGAACAAAAUUAUAAGUUUGCCAAAUUUAUAUAUCAUUGAAACUGUUGAUAACAAGCAACUUGCAACUGCAAUUGAUAAUGCAUUUUCAAAAGUAAAUAAAAAUAACUCACAAUUGAAAAUUAUGGUACAAGUCAAUACAAGUGAAGAAGAAGCAAAAAGUGGUUGCAAAGUAGAAGAAGUAUCAGAACUUGUGAAGCAUAUUAUGGAUAACUGUAAGCAAUUGGAAUUUACUGGUCUUAUGACAAUAGGUAUUUACGGAUACGAUACUUCAAACGGCCCAAAUCCAGAUUUUCUAUGCUUGAAAAAAUGUAGAGAAGAUCUAUGUAAAGAAUUAGAACUUGAUAUAAAAAAAGUGGAACUUUCAAUGGGGAUGUCUACCGAUUAUGAACACGCGGUAUUACUUGGAAGUACAAAUGUAAGGGUGGGUACUGCUAUAUUUGGCGAGAGACCGAAGAAGGGUGCUCAAUAGUACUUAUUAUUAAUAAUAUGUAAAAUAUAUAAUUGAUUACUAUAAUGAAAGAGAAGAUUUUUGUUUAUAAAAUAUACUUAAUAUAUUGAAAUA